UCAAAUGACAAAUACUUGAUAGGGCGUAUCAAACAGUCUAAAUAUAGGUUGUGAUAUAUGGUAUAGCAUACAUCCAAGGCAUGUAGUGUGUGCGAGUUGAUUUUCCUACAACAUCGGAAAAUAUAGAACUUUUGCAGAAGACUCGAAAUACCUUUGAAACAGUUCUGGGACUCUGAAGUUCUGGGAAAAUGAACCUAAUCGGAAGCUAUCACCAUCACCAUAUCAUGCAUGAGACAUUUUCUUUAGCGCAACGGUGUCACCAAGACAACCCCUACCUCCGUAGCUGGCUGAAUAACGGAGAGCACCCUAUAGAUCUCCAAAUACACUCAUCAAAUUGGACAGAAUUUGGAGAAGCUGUAUCGGUUCAUGGGAACCAGCAAGACUCCUUUGCAGCCGAGAUGGUCAAACGGCGAACAAGCGCUCCUAAAAAGGAGCGUCGGAGGACGGAGAACAUUAAUAUCGCAUUUGCUGAAUUGAGAGACUGCAUCCCCAACGUUCCCUCGGACACGAAACUGUCCAAGAUAAAAACACUAAGACUUGCCACAAGUUACAUUUCCUACCUCAUGAAUGUUUUAUCCAGUGGAAGUGCGACUGAGGGGUUCAAGGCUGAACUGCAGAACUGUGACAACACAGACUCAAAAAGAAAACGAGAGAUUAGAGAAGUUAUAAAGAAUGAAGACAAGCCAGAGGAAUAUUGUCGUGAAAAGAAAUUAAAAGGACGAACUGGAUGGCCGCAGCAAGUUUGGGCACUUGAGUUAAAUCCGUGAGGCUGUUAGUCUACGAGGAAGCCAAGUGCUAAACUGCCUAAAUUGGCUAUACGUGCAAUCAGAUUAUUUAUAGAACUACAUAUCUGCUUCAAACCUUUUUUUUUUUUUGCAACGGCUUCCAUACACUUUGUCACAUGUUUGUCUAAGCUUAUAUCACAGAUUCCACAUCAUAUCACAAAUAAUUAUACCUAAAAGCUAUAUGGAUUUAUGUUUAAUUUAAAACUGAAUUGAUUGAAUUCAGGAUUUAAAUUAAAUCACUCUGAAAAUGGCUGGCGUCUCCAAUCUACCUCUCAGGGCUAUGACGCUCGUUGCAAUCAAAUGGAUGAGGCCACUUUAUUAACUUUUGAUGGGGGAAAUAAAGUUCCGUCUUUUGUAAUUGCUAAUUUGUCCUUUAAUCAAAUAACAAAAUUAGGCCUAUCGACAUUUUAAUAGUUUACAGUAAGAAAUGCGAUUGACACAAAAUUACAAGUGGUACUUGUGUCUUGGCACUUGCGUUUUUACGCAUAUCUUUGAGUAUUUCUUUGUCAUUUUAUUAUUGACUAUUACCUCACCUGAACUUUUGACUUAGGCUAUGUCAAUCAAUUAUACAUGAUGCUUGAAGUAUUUUUCACUGCACAAAUGAAAAUGUUGUAAUGUGACGAGGAUGGCAAUACUGUGGCCUACAGGUAAAAAAAUAAACACAUUUGUCAUUAAAUUCAUUUUUGUAGUAAAAGUUAGC